AACCAAACUGAAUACUCAAGUACUGCUGUAACACAACACAAGUCUCACACCCUUGGAACUCUCCGCCCAUUUGUCCUCUAUAUACUCCUCCUGUACAUCCAGAUCUACUGCUUCUGCAAUUGCUUUUACUCUCCAAAUGGCUUCUUCAACUAUCGCAGCUUCUUCCAUUUCAUUCACCUCUCUCACUCUCAACAACAAGGGACUUGCCAAGAAUUCGGUGUCACUCUCCAUCAAUGGCAAAUCUUUCCCUUCACUUAGGUUGCAGGCAGCCUCGCGUCGUUUCAGGGUGUCUUGCGCAGCCAAACCUGAGACAGUGGAUAAGGUUUGUGAAAUCGUGAGAAAGCAACUGGCAAUACAACCUGAUGUUGCAGUUACUGGAGACUCAAAGUUUGCAGCACUUGGGGCUGACUCUCUAGACACAGUAGAAAUUGUGAUGGGACUAGAAGAGGAAUUUGGAAUCAGCGUGGAGGAAGAAAGUGCACAGACCAUUGCUACCGUGCAGGAUGCGGCUGAUUUGAUUGAGAAUCUUGUUGAGAAGAAGGGCAGUGCUUAAAGAAAAUUAAGUUUCCUAGUAUGCAAUGUAGCAAUAGCUAUCAAAGAUGAACUUUACAUUUAGGCUUGGUUGUCAGGGUCACAGAGAGCUUUGAGCUUCUCUUGUUUGUUAUGUUUUAUGGUUGUCUUUUGAGACUUCUAGUCGGAGUUGAUCAAAAGAUGUUAUGUUUUAUGGUUGUCUUUUGAGACUUCAAGUUGGAGUUGAUCAAAAGAUUAUCUUAUUGACUUGUUGCUUUA